AUGGCUACAGCAACUGCUCCGGCACCUGCCAGUGGUGACGCCAACCCCUCGUCCCCAGUCGAUCUCUCUACUAUCCCCAUCUCGCCGGAUGGUGGCAACACGGUCGAUGGCAAGAAGCCCAGUGGAGAGAGCGCAGCAGAUGAGCAGAUUACUGUCUUCCAUGACAAGGAUAACUUCAAUGUCAAGCACCCCUUGAUGCACAAGUGGACCUUGUGGUUCACAAAGCCACCUAGUGGAAAGGGCGAUAACUGGAACGAGUUGCUAAAGGAGGUCAUCACUUUUAACUCGGUAGAGGAAUUCUGGGGAGUCUACAACAAUAUUGCUCCCGCCUCUGAACUUGCGCUGAAGUCUGAUUACCACCUUUUCAAGGAAGGAGUCCGGCCCGAAUGGGAGGAUGUGCAAAAUAAGCACGGGGGCAAAUGGGCAUAUCAAUUCAAAGAAAAGAGAAGCGUGCCGAUAGAUGAGCUCUGGCUUCAUGUCAUGCUUGCCGCGAUCGGCGAGACCCUCGAGGAGGAGGGCGACGGUGAAGUCAUGGGUGUUGUUGUCAAUGUGAGAAAGGGAUUUUACCGCGUUUCGGUCUGGACCCGCACUAUCGGGAAGAGCAUCCCUAACGGCGGCGACGGCGAUGUAGCUGGUGGAAAGGGCCGGUCAGUGGAAAAAGGCAAGGAAAUUCUGAUGAACAUCGGCCGGAGGUUUAAGGAGGUCCUGAAGCUACCAUCGUCCGAGGCUGUCGAUUUCUCGGGUCAUACCGAUAGCGCCCAUAGCGGCAGCACACGCGCGAAAGCGAAGUACACGGUCUAA